AUGAAGGCCCGACAAAUGGCCCGCAGCCGGAUCCGGGAGCAGGAGCUAAAUCCCGUGUUUCACUUCCAAAACAAGACCGAAGACAACCAAAUUCUUACGCGGGCCAGAAUCAAGCAGGCGUUGAAAAGUGGCACACUAAAUUUGUCGGGCAAGGGAUUGGCAUCAGUGCCGGAAAAGGUGUGGAACUUGAGCGAUUCGGAUGAGAACGAGAAAGAGGUACGGUACGAUUUGGAUCGCUCGAACGAUGAGGAAACCUGGUGGAACCAAAAGUCGCUGACUUCGUUGGAUCUCAGCUCCAACACGCUGACGACGAUCAGCGAAAACAUUCAAAAUUUAGCUGAUCUUACUGUGCUGAAUCUACAAGAUAACGCAUUAACAAGCCUUCCGAAUAGCAUCGGAUCGCUAACCAAGCUAACCAAACUUAGCGUCAGCCGUAACAAACUGACCGAGCUGCCGGAGAGUUUCUUCCAGUUGAAGGAGCUCAAGCAUCUCAACCUGUCGCAUAAUGAAUUUCCCGAGGUCCACUCCAACAUAAGUGAUCUCAUAAUGCUUGAAACAUUGGAUAUUUCGUUCAACAAAAUUAACGCAAUACCUGGUGGCGUUGGGUUCUUAGUUAGACUGCAGCAACUAACCCUGAGUAACAACCAUCUAACGGAAUUGCCGAACGAUAUCGUCAAUUUGUGCAAACUCCACAAGCUCGAUCUGGCCAAGAACGACUUGAAACUGCUGCCACCGGUAAUGGGCGAGCUGCGUAAGCUGGAAUGUCUGUACGUGCAGCACAACGACAUCGAGGAGCUGCCCGAUUUUACUGGUUGCGAGGCGCUCAAGGAGCUGCACAUCUCAAACAACUUCAUCAAGACGUUGCCGGCGGACUUUUGCGAAAAUUUGCCCCAACUGAAGGUGCUCGAUCUGCGGGACAACAAGAUCGAGCGGCUGCCGGACGAGAUCGCGCUGCUCGCCAGCCUGACGCGGUUAGAUCUCUCGAACAACACGAUCAGUAGUCUGCCCUCGUGCCUGUCCACGCUGGCCCAUCUCGUUAGCUUGCAGGUGGAAGGAAAUCCGAUCCGCUCGAUACGCCGCGAUAUCAUCCAGUGUGGCACGCAACGCAUACUGAAAACGCUCAGGGAAAGAGACGGUACUGGCAAAGGGACACCGAAGACCGGAGCAGAGGGUGGUGGGUCGGGAAUGGUCAAAAGUUCGCCCUUUGCUGCCGAGAGCACCUUUCCGGACGUUUAUCAGAUGCGCAAGGGCCGAGCGCUGAUCGUUAGUUCGAAGGGCUUGAUCGACGUACCGGAGGCCGUGUUUCUCGAUGCACUUGAGGCGUGCGUUUACAACGUGGACAUCAGCAAGAACAGGCUAACUGCCGUUCCAUCUGGCAUAACCAACCUGUCCGCUCUUCUGACGGAACUGAACGUUAGCUUCAAUUUGCUCCAAACCGUACCGGCCUUCUUCUCGCAGUUCGAAAAGAUCAGCUAUCUUAAUCUGUCCAACAACCAGAUGGUGGACCUGCCGGAGGUAGUCGGGCUUUUAGUCACCCUGCGGGAGCUUAACGUCGUCAACAACCAGCUCAAACGCAUCCCAGAAUGCGUGUACGAACUGAGAGGGUUAGAGAUAUUUCUGGCCAGUGGCAACAAAAUUGAGGAAAUCGAUGCAACUGAUCGUGGGCUGGGUGCGCUCAAGCGGCUGGCAACGCUGGAUCUGGCCAAUAACAAUAUUAAACACGUGCCACCAAUUCUGGGCACACUGAAGAACAUCACCACGCUGGAGUUGAUUGGGAACAGCUUCCGCCAACCGCGGCAUCAGAUACUGGAAAAAGGAACGGAAUCGAUCAUGUCCUACCUGAGGGACCGCAUUCCCCAGUAGGAGUCUGUGCACAACUGGCUGAUAGUAAGGCAUACGCAUUUUGCGCCACAGCAAGCAGCUUCUUUCGCAUAACAGGGUUAUUACGUAGUACUGGCACCUGCACGCGUUCCUCGCAUGUUCAACUCAAACCGUGAUGUUUAUGGCCAUACUCGGUUACCUUACAGGAUUGUGUACCAAAAAUAAAGUUAAAAAUUUUAAUA